UGCGAGCCCCUAGGCCGGCCCCGAGCCCUGGCCGCUGCCCUCCCCGCGCCAUAGCGGCCCGCUGCGGGGAUCCCUGAGCAGCGGGAGGGCUGACGAGCCCCUACAGGCCGCUCUGGGGGUCCCUCAAGGCUGCCCCGGUCGCUGCGGUGACCUCAGAGCCCACGCCAUGGAGGCCCUGCACGCCGCCGGGAUCCACGUCGCCGAGGCGCUGCAGGCCGGGCCGCCCUGGCUGGAAAACUUUUGGGUCACCGUCACCUCCGUGGCCGACCCCAAGUGCAUCUUCACUGUGUGCUUCCCGCUUGCCUAUUUCCUCGACCGCAAGGUGGGGGUGGCGGUGCUGUGGAUCGGGCUGGUGGCCGAGUGGCUCAACGUGGUCUUCAAAUGGUUUUUAUUCGGGGAGCGCCCGUUCUGGUGGAUCCAUGAGUCGGGCUUUGCCAGUCGGCAUCCGGUCGCGCUGCGCCAGUUCCCAGUCACCUGCGAAACGGGACCAGGCAGCCCCUCCGGCCACUGCAUGAUCACCGGGGCAGCGCUGUGGCCGCUGGUGACCGCGCUGACAGCGUUGGCGUCCCAACACUCCAAGAGCCUGCUGCUGAAGCUGGUCCCGUUCAGCACCUACACGCUGCUGCUGCUGGCCGUGGGGCUCUCACGGGUCUUCGUCCUCGCUCACUUUCCCCAUCAGGUGCUCGGUGGCAUUGUGGCAGGGGCCGCCCUGGGCUGGGGGCUGCAGGCUCGCACCCCGGCCACGCGCUCUCUGGGUUUCUUUGCUGCCGUGUCGCUGGGGCUGCUGCUGGGCUCGGUCGCCCUGCACAGGCUCAUGAUCGCUGCUGGCAUCGACAUCGACUG